GUCUACAUUUAGAAAGUGAGUUGUAAGUCAAAACAUAUUCACCUAGGCGCCUAGACACAAACACACUAAGGUUCUUCUUUAUCUACUAAGCCUUAUGCUUACAAUCUUAGACAUAUACUGCAAACAAUUACCUUUAAUAUUGAUUAACACCUCUAAGUGUAAAAAGGAUCCUAAUGAUAUGUAUUAUAUACAAUGCCAACUGUUAUGAUGAAGUAAAAGCUAGAUCGCUGUAUGCAAUGGCGACCAGUCUUACCUACAUCAACAGUGGAAUGGAGCCUUUCCGUUGGAAAGGAUAGUCGAUGUCAUUCUCAGCCAUGUCCACAAGGUCAGUUAUAUUAGCUCGACACAAGCGAAAACGAUUUAAACACAUUACUAAAGUGACAAAUUACUGUUGACGAAUAUUCUAUUCUCAAAGUGGAGGGUCUUCUGGUGAUUUCUUCCCCAACUUACCAUCAUGUGUUAUGCUUCUGGGUCGAAGUGACUGGCGAUCGAAUUAUUAAUCUUUAGAUGAUGGUUAGAUCAAGAGAUUUUACUUUUGUUAUUGGUCUUGUGAUAUAGGCAACAGAUGGAACUGUUUAUAUAUUGCUCCAUUAAGCUAAAGGCAGUACACAAAUCUAUAUAUAUAUAAAAACCGAUCAAACCCGUCUGACAUGUAUAACGACGGUAGCAGACGAGAAGAACACGGAGGUCAGAGAUUAAUCAGUUGUGCGCUUAACCGAAGAAAGAAAUAAGAAAUAAGAGUCAGAUAGUGUCAAGUCUUUUCUGGGUCAGCAGAUAAGCUUUUGCCUUUAAAAGUAAUAGUGAAGGAGUGCCAGAAGUCGUCUGCAUUUUGUGUCGUCUGAUCGUUUGUCUCUUACCGGCUGUGUUUCCACAAUGCGACAUCCAGUCUUUCCUUGGCUUUUCCUUUAUUUCUCUACUUCCUCACUCAUCCUGUCAUCUGCAAUCCUUGUGGAUGACAGGGCCAGACAGCCCAACAUAGUGCUUGUCGUGGCCGACGACUAUGGAUACAACGACAUCAGCUACCACGGUUCUAGGAUUCGAACCCCUAACCUGGAGAAACUGGCUGACGAUGGGGUCAGGUUAGAAAACUAUUAUGUCCAGCCCAUAUGUAGUCCUACACGCAGUCAGCUGAUGUCAGGACGAUACCAGAUCCACACAGGUCUUCAACACUCGGUCAUCCACCCAGGACAGCCUAACGGGCUUCCGCUAGACAGCCCCACCCUGGCCGACAAGCUGAGAGAAGCCGGGUACGCCACCCAUGCGGUGGGCAAGUGGCACCUCGGGCUCUACAAGAAAGAGUUCCUACCCACAAACCGGGGCUUCGACUCUUUUUACGGGUACUACUUGGGUGCGGAGGAUUACUACACCCAUCAUAGAUGUUACACUACAGGUUGCGGCCUGGAUCUCCACAACAACACGGACCCUGACCUCAGCCAAGACCAGGUGUACUCCACCUUUCUCUUCACCCAACGGGCCGAGGACAUUGUCAGAACCCACUCACCCUCCAAGCCGCUCUUCCUGUACCUGGCAUACCAGUCGGUGCACGCACCUCUCCAGGUCCCUGAGAAGUACACAGAGCAGUACCACGACAUUAACAACCACAGCAGGAGAACCUACGCCGGCAUGGUCUCCUGCAUGGACGAGGGUAUUGGUAACCUGACAACCACCCUGCAAGAAGCUGGACUGUGGGACAACACCGUCUUCAUCUUCACUACAGACAACGGCGGUCAGGUGCACGCCGGCGGUAACAACUGGCCGCUGAGAGGCUACAAGGAUACUUUGUGGGAAGGAGGAGUGCGAGGGGUGGGCUUCGUCCAUAGCAACCUUCUUGCCCAAAAACGGGAGGUUAGCAGAGCUUUCGUGCACGUGUCGGACUGGUUCCCGACAUUGGUGAAGCUGGCCGGUGGUUCGUUGAACGGCACUCAGCCGCUGGACGGCUUUGACCAGUGGCCGACCGUCAGCGAGGCCAAAGCCAGUCCACGGACAGAACUCUUACACAACAUCGACAUCCUCACACCACCUUCUGGUACACGGCUGUACCCGAACCUCUUCGACACUCGAGUGCGAGCGGCCAUCCGGGUAGGUGACAUGAAACUGAUAACAGGAAACCCGGGUGACGGCUCCUGGGUGCCUCCACCCGAGAUGCCACAUUCUACUCAUACCACAUGAAAUACCCUACAUAGAGGCAGCGCCACCCAGAACGUGUGGCUGUUCAACAUCACCGCCGACCCCGAGGAGCGGGUCGACCUGUCGCACACCCACCUCGACCUCGUGCAUCAGCUGCUCCAGCGUCUUGACUACUACAGUUCUACAGCUGUGCCACCACGGUACCCGCCUGAUGACCCCAACUCCAAUCCUGCGAGACACGGGGGUGUCUGGGGUCCUUGGCAAUAGGAGCGUGAUAAACGCAAGAUGUCUGUUCCUCCUGAAUCGAUUCGUCGGAUUGAAGUUUGUUUCUGUACACCAAGGGAGAAUUUGAAAACCCUGGUAUAAUAAUUAUUAAAAAAUCAUUUAAUGUCUUUUAAUGAAGAAUAAAAUAUUUUUAUUCUACACUGCGAGACACGGGGGUGUCUGGGGUCCUUGGCAAUAAAAGCAUGAUAACUACGGGAUUUUCUGUUAUCCUGAAGAGAAUCGUUGGAAUGGGUUAUUUUUUCUGAACGCCGAAAUAGGCUUUUGAAUACCAUGGAAACCGUGGGAGAAGCCAGGAAAAAUAUAUGAGUGCUGGAUAGAAAAAAA